AUGGGCUUGUUUUCGUCAUCAGAACCUCCCUUGACCGAGGCAAAUCUUAGUGACCAAAGUGGCAAGACCUUCCUGGUGACUGGCGCUACCUCAGGAUAUGGCAUGCAUCUAGCAUCCAUUCUCUAUCAACAUGGCGGUAAAGUAUAUCUUGCGGCCCGCAACGCCUCCAGAGGGCAAAGCGUAAUCAACGAUAUUACGAAACGUUAUCCCGAAUCUAGAGGGCAACUCGUCUUUUUACAGCUCGACCUCGGUGAUUUAUCGACAAUCAAAAAGUCAGCUGAGGAAUUCUUGACGAAGGAAUCUAAGCUCCACGUUCUCUGGAAUAAUGCUGGCGUUAUGAUCCCUCCACAGGGAUCCACAACCGCUCAGGGCUAUGAACUUCAGCUCGGCACGAAUGUCGUCGGGCCAUUUCUUUUUACGAAGCUGCUCUAUCCAGCUCUUGUCAGAGCUGCGGCGGAUUCUCCUCCGAACUCAGUGCGCGUAGUAUGGUUAUCCUCUUCGGCGGUCAGGAUGGCCCCUACCCCGGCGAUUGACUUUUCGAAUAUGGACUACCACAAGGAUGAGGGAGCUUGGACAAAAUAUGGAAGAAGCAAAGCCGCCAAUAUCCUGCUAGCCGUGGAGUUUGCGCGGCGCUCUGAGAAGGACGGUGUCGGCAGUUACACUCUUGAUCCGGGCACUGCAAUGACAGACCUACAGAGGACAAUGCCUUGUUGGCAAGUCGCUGCCGUUAAACUAGUCGCCCAACCACCGGAAGUGGGUGCUUAUACCGAGCUCUAUGCCGGUCUUCAGCCUGAGAUCGAGUCCGUGAAGUCUGGAAAAUGGAUUGUCCCUCCGGGAAAGGUGGUAGCAGGUCGCAAAGACCUCUUUGACCCGGAGUUGUGUGAGAAAUUCUGGCAGUGGAAUGAGGAGCAGGUCCGUUCAUACUUGUGA